UAUCUCUCACACACUCACACACACACACACACACGCACAGAGCGAGCGCGCGCGCCGGUGUUUGUGAUGGUGCCAGCUAACUAGGAAGCGCGUCUACACCUUUAAGUAAAACAGAACGAAAGAAGCAGCAAUUAGCGCUGACCGCUGCGUCUCUGAGCCUCUGGGGAUUUCGAUAUGGUAUUUGUCAAAGUGCUUCUCAUGCUUUGCUUCCUACCGGAUAUCACAGGUAAAUUUGGAAACCGCUUGAACAAAUACAUUCGUCAUUAUGAAGGUCUGUCGUACGACACAGUGGCCCUGCACAGCAGUCACCAGAGAGCCAAGAGAGCGCUCUCUCCUCAGGACCGGGCAGUGCACCUGGACUUCCACGCACAUGGAAGACAUUUCAACAUACAAAUGAAGAGGGAUGCAAAUCUGUUUUCUCCAGAUCUUGUCAUUGAGGUAUCAGGAAAGGAGACGCCUGUUGAUACAUCACAUAUUUACAGUGGAGAAAUCUUUGGUGAAAAGGGUACGUUGACCCACGGCUCUGUGGUCGACGGACGCUUUGAGGGAUUUAUUAAAACUCACCAAGGAACAUAUUAUGUUGAACCCUCAGAGAGGUACCUGCAGGACAACGCUGUGCCUUUCCAUUCUGUCAUCUAUCACGAGGAUGACAUCGAUUAUCCUCAUAAAUAUGGCUCAGAGGGCGGCUGUGCUGACCACUCUGUGUUUGAGCGGAUGAGGAAGUACCAGACAUCAGCAGUGGAAGAUCCAGCCAAAGUGUUGAACAGUGUGUUGGAAGAGGAGCACGUACACGGUCCUGUCAUUCUGAGGAGUAAGAGAGCGGCUGGGAAAGAGAAGAACACGUGUCAGCUCUUCAUCCAGACUGAUCACAAGUUCUACGACCGCUACGGCACAAGAGAGGCGGUCAUUGCCCAGAUAUCCAGCCAUGUGAAGGCCAUUGACUCCAUUUACCAGGGCACAGACUUUAUGGGCAUCCGAAACAUCAGCUUCAUGGUUAAAAGAAUCAGGAUAAACACCACCGCUGAUGUGACGGAUUCAUCCAAUCCUUUUCGCUUUGGAAAUAUCGGAGUGGAAAAGUUUCUGGAGCUCAACUCUGAACAGAACCACGAUGACUACUGCCUGGCCUACGUCUUCACUGACAGAGACUUUGAUGAUGGUGUGCUUGGCUUGGCUUGGGUUGGAGCUCCUUCAGGAAGCUCCGGGGGAAUCUGUGAGAAGAGCAAACUGUACUCUGAUGGGAAGAGGAAAUCUCUGAACACUGGGAUCAUCACUGUGCAGAACUAUGCCUCUCAUGUUCCCCCUAAGGUGUCACACAUCACCUUUGCUCAUGAGGUUGGGCACAACUUUGGCUCUCCUCACGACUCUGGGUUUGAAUGCACCCCGGGAGAGUCCAAGUUACAGGACAAAAAGGAGCAGGGCAACUAUAUCAUGUAUGCCAGAGCCACGUCAGGGGACAAGCUCAACAACAACAAGUUCUCCAUCUGCAGCAUCCGCAAUAUCAGUGCUGUUCUGACAAAGAAGAGAAACGAUUGUUUUGUUGAGUCAGGACAGCCUAUCUGUGGAAAUGGAUUAGUGGAAAUUGGAGAGGAGUGUGACUGUGGCUACAGUGAUCAGUGCACAGACCCCUGCUGCUUUAGUGCUAAUGAGGAGGACGGCAGGAGGUGUAAACUCCAACCGGGCAGAAUCUGCAGUCCCAGCCAGGGUCCGUGUUGCACAGCUCAGUGUACGUUUAAAGGUGCAAAUGAUAGUUGCAGACAGGAUUCUGAGUGUGCCAACGAGGGUAAAUGCAACGGAGCGACUGCUCAGUGUCCCGCCUCAGAACCAAAGGCAAACUUCACAUCGUGCCAUUCAGAAACACAAGUCUGCCUCAAAGGGGUCUGCUCUGGUUCCAUCUGUGAGAAGUAUUCUCUGGAGGUUUGCACCUGUGCCAGCCAGGACAACAAGGACGAGGCCGCCGAGCUGUGCCACGUGUGCUGCAUGGAAAAGACCGACCCCAGCACCUGCAGCAGCACAGGCUCAGAGAGGUGGACUCAGUUCUUCAACAACACGAUCAUCACGCUGCAGCCAGGCUCACCCUGCAAUGACUUCAAGGGAUACUGCGACGUGUUCACGAGGUGUCGUCUGGUGGAUGCUGACGGGCCGCUGGCUCGGCUAAAGAAAGCCAUCUUUAAUGCAGAGCUCUAUGAAAACAUUGCAGGUUGGAUAGUGGCUCAUUGGUGGGCAGUAUUGUUGAUGGGCAUCGCUCUCAUUAUGCUCAUGGCCGGCUUCAUCAAGAUCUGCAGCGUCCACACCCCCAGUAGCAACCCCAAACUGCCCCCGCCAAAGCCACUGCCAGGGACGCUGAAACGGAGGCGGCAGCAGCAGCAGCAGCAGCAGCAGCAGCAGCAGCAGCGACACCCUCAGGCUCAGCGUCACCACCGUCAGUACAGAGAGGAUUACCAGAUGGGACAGAUGAGACGCUGAGUCUCUGCUCUUUGCCUCGGUUGUUCUUAGUGCCUACACCAGGAGCGCGUCACUCCAAAGAUUUACAAACAGUUUGACUGGACAGAGCCUGAUCUUUAUGUUUUUUACACACCUCUGCUCUGAGAGCUCGAUUAUCAGCAGUUUCAGAAGGAACAGGAGCAAACUUCACACAUCUGUGAUCUCAGUCUUGUUUUUGGAGGAGAGAGAAGCAGCUUUGUCUUCCCUUGUCCUCUGCCUGUGCAGCCUUUGUCUUUCCUGUUCUUCCUCCUUGAAGUGCUGCCAUCAGCAGGUCACCCGCAGGACUGCAAGAUGCAUGAGCUUCUGCUUCCAAUCAAAAAGGUGGUUGAAACUUAAUGCUUUUGCCAAUAAGAUUAUUUUAAUUUAAAUUCAGUUCCUCUUGCACACGCGCGUUGCUCUCGUCUCUCGUCUAGAAUUUUCUCUGCUCUUCUGUUUGAAGAUGAUUUACUGUUUGGAUUCACGUUCUCAGGAUUAAUAAACAACAGCAAACAGUUUAACAGAGUUUAAAACGGCUGCGUGUGAACGUCGUCGUCUCAGUCUGAAGAGACUGUAGAUGAAAUGUGAUGGAGGCUCGUGGCUCUGGAGCUGAAAUGAAUGGUGAGAUUUGAACCCUGUUAACCACUCAAAUGUUCCAGCCUCAGAUGAAGAACCGUUCAGGUUUAAAUGUGAGGAGCAGAAAUUGCUUUUAUUGAUUUUUACUUCUGUCUUAACAGACUUUGACCAGAGUGAACAAUCGUCUUCUUGGUUUGUGUCAUUGCAUUAAAAAUGUGCCAACUAGAAUAGUGUGACUGAAGUCUGUGUCUGACCUGAACCAGUUAGUGUGUGACGUUCAUAGGAAACGAUUUACAUUUGUACUGAAGAUUAUAUCAGAGUUUCUCAUCACAUUUGCUUUAAAGCCUGAUUUGAGUUGAGCAUUUAAAAACUUCACGGACAAACAGACGAGUUCUCCAAGUUGUUACUGACAAAUAAUAAUAUGUGUAUUUUAUUAAAGAAGUUAUUUUAGGAGUGAACGACUUGGAGGACCUUGUUUUGGACCAUGUCAGAGUUGCUUCACGCUCAGCUUUGAUCACAGAGGACGACAGUGAACGUGUUUAUGAACAGACUUAACUGCAGGUCAGAGCUUAAACUCUAUUUUUAUGAUCUUUGUGUUAACGUGUGUGAGACGGAGAGUGCGGAGUCAUUAUCUUUGUGUUGCUUUGCUUUGGUGUGGAUAAUAGUGGGUGCUUUGGUUUAAUACUCUGGGAUAUUUUUGUUUCUUUCACAUCUCUGUGAUGUGGAGAAAAUGAUGUCAUUUAAAGAUUCAACACUGCUGUUCUUCACGUCCUUCAUUUGCAGAGCUGUUUUCUUUUUAAAUACUUGAAAUGCAAUAAUAAACGAGAGUUGGUCAAAA